AGAACAGAAUAUAUUAUAAUGAAGUAAAAUAAUUGAACGAAAUUUGCGGUGUUGGUUGUCGCAGUCAGAAAAUUUGCAAAUUUGAUAUUUUAUCAAAGAAAAUCGGGAAAUUUUGUUAUAAUUUUAAUUUUUUCAAUAACAAUAAUGAAACAACCAACGUCUUGCGAUACUUUCGUAGUUCUACCACCGCUAACAAAACACGGAAUUAUUUUCGGUAAAAAUUCCGAUAGACCCAAAGAUGAAGUACAAGAAGUCGUUUACAUUCCAGCUAGUGACGCUUCAGGUUCAAUUAAGUGUACUUAUAUAGAAGUCGAAUCAGCUGGACCAACGAAAGCGAUUAUACUAAGCAAACCGAAUUGGAUGUGGGGUGCUGAAAUGGGGGCGAACGAAUGUGGUGUAGUUAUAGGAAACGAAGCUAUUUGGACUAAGGAUAAUGAUGGAGAUCACGAUCCUAACGUAAAAAGUUUAUUAGGAAUGGACCUACUUAGGUUGGGUUUAGAGAGGAGCGCGACUGCUACUGAAGCUUUAGAAAUUGUAACUGGAUUGUUAGAGAAAUACGGACAAGGAGGACCUUGUUCUAAUAAUGAUACGAGUUUAGUGUAUCAUAAUUCGUUUAUUAUAGCGGAUCCGACUACGGCUUGGGUAUUGGAAACUUCCGGGAAACAUUGGGUAGCAGAACAAAUAAAAAGCGGUUACAGAAAUAUAUCGAAUUCUAUAACAAUUUCCACUAGAAUAGACAGACAUUCAGACGGUAUACAAGAUUACGCUAAAUCCAAAGGACUUUGGAACGGAGAGGGCGAAUUUAAUUUCCGCGAAUCGUUCGGCGGCGAAAAAAAACCGUACGGCAACCGAUUUUUAGCCGGCGAGAAAUUAUUAGAAAAACUAACGUCACCGAAGGACUUCAAAGAAGUAGACAUGUUUAAAAUUUUACGAGAUACCGAAUCCGGUAUUUGUAUGACGAAUGAUGGCCCAGGAAGCGUUACGCAAGGCAGUCAAGUUUCCGUUUUAUCGAAUACUCGACCGAGCGUUCAUUGGUUCACAGCUACGCCGGAUCCAUCGAAAUCCGUAUUCAAACCGUUCGUUUUUACAAAAGGAGCCCUAAUAUCGAAGCAUACGAAAUGCGGAUCGUCGCUGGAACCGCAUACUUUGUAUUCUUUACAUUCUUCGGCUUUGCGGAAGAAUAAUAAGGAAGAGGUGCAGGAAUUGUUGCGGAACAUGGAAGAUGAGUGCGUACGGGAAUUGGGGUCCGUUUUGGAUCGAAUAGGGGAUGAUUUGUCUGAGCUGGACGAACUUUUGAAAGAUUGCGUUGAAACCGAAGUGAAAUUUUAUCGUUAAUAUCGAAAUUUCCGCUUAUAUUGGUGUGAUAUACUAGUAUUUAUUCGAUAUUUACGAAAGGGAACAAUCGGAGCUGGAAUAUAUCGACAUUUCUUUUUUUAAAUUAUGUCAUUAGCUUCAUAACGCGACUUUUUAUUAGCUGGGAGGAUGUUUUUUUUAUUGUUUUUAUUAGCCAAAUAUCGUAUAUUAGCACAAAGUGUGGAUUCGAUUGGAGUUAUCGGAAAAGUUUUAACCCCAAAAUUGCUUAAGCUUCUUUAUAUCUGUGUAAUUUAAUAUUUGACAUUCCUAAAUAAAGUGUAUUGGCAAGAUUAA